CCGUCUCCCAGUUCUUGCCUUGUAGAUGGAAGCAGUGGCAGUGCCCACUCUUUUCUUCUCCCUUCCUCAUUAGUAUACUAUUAGCCUCAAUUUAAGAGCAGCAAUGACAUAAAAUAAAACAAACAUUGAAGGCCAAAUCCCAUUAUUAUUUUGGCACACAAAGCACGGUUUUAUCAUUGCUUUCUGGCUUCCGACUACUAUAAAUUUUCGGAAGAACCCUCAACAUUCUCAACCCAAUAAAAGAACAUGCACAACAUGAGCACCCUCUUUCUCUUCAUCCUUCUAUCCACACUCAGUGUUGGUUUGGCUGGUCGCGACUUAGGAAAUAAAAACCCGUUCACCCCAAAGGCUUUCGUGGAACGCUAUUGGGACAAACACGUGCGCAACAAUUUGCCAAAGCCGUCGUUCCUUCUCUCAAAGGCGUCACCACUUAGCGCCGCGGAUACGGCCUCGUUUUCGAAGCUCGUCGCCACCAACACCCUCUCCACGCGGCUUCCGGAGUUCUGCUCCGCCGCGCACCUCCUCUGCUUCCCGGAGGUGCAGCCAAGCCUGGCAAAACACACCGAAGACGUCAACUUCAAAAAAUACGACGACGGCCAGAACUUCACCAACUACGGAACGGGUAGACCUGGUGGAGUCGACUCGUUCAAGAACUACUCCAACGGCCUCUUCAGCACGCCGGUGAACGAUUUCCGGCGAUACAGCCGCGGCUCCGCCGGCCACGAAGAUAGCUUCAUCAGCUACGCCAACGACACCAAUGUUGCCGACCAGAGUUUCCACACAUACGGCACCAACGCCGCCGGCGGCUCGGGCGAGUUCAAACAAUACUCCAGCGAAUCAAACGUCCCGAACCUGGAUUUCACCUCCUACUCCGACAGCACCGGCGGGAGAACCCAAUCGUUCUCACGCUACAGCGAAGACGGUAACUCCGGCGGCCAAACUUUCACGAGCUACGGCAAGAACUCGGCCGGAGCUGGCAACGAUUUCAACAGCUACGGAACAAACUCGAACGUUGCAUCGUCGAGUUUCACGAACUACGGCGAACAAGGCGCUGGUCCAAACGACACGUUCACUAACUACGGCGUUAACAUGAACGUCCCCGAAGAGACUUUCAAGAGUUACGCUGAUGGAACCCACGGUGGCACAGAGAGCUUCGCCAAUUACAGAGACCAAGCCAACGUGGGUGACACGUCAUUCCAAUCCUACGCUAAGAACACCGAAGAAGGAACCCAAGUUGAUUUCCUCAACUACGGGAAUUCCGCCAACAUAGGUUCUGAUACAUUCAAAGGCUACACUAAAGGAGCAGAAGGGGAUCACAAGGUGGGUUUUACUGGUUACGGCGUUAACACGACGUUUAAGGAUUACUCGAAAGAGGGUGUUUCUUUCGCUAGUUACACUAACGCCUCCACCUCCUCCGUUUCGAAAACGGUUAGCGAGAGUUUGGUAAAAAGGUGGGUGGAACCGGGUAAGUUCUUCCGCGAGAGGAUGCUCAAGGAAGGGACGGUGAUGCCUAUGCCGGACAUAAGAGAUAAAAUGCCGCAAAGGUCGUUUUUGCCCCGAUCCAUUUUGACCAAAUUGCCCUUCUCGUCUUCAAAAGUUGACGAGUUGAAGCGCGUGUUCAAGGUGUCUGAUAACUCCUCUAUGGACAAGAUGAUUAUGGAUUCAUUGGGCGACUGCGAGAGGGCACCCAGCGUGGGUGAGACCAAGCGAUGCGUGGGCUCCGUCGAGGAUAUGAUUGAUUUUGCAACCUCUAUUUUGGGACAUAACGUGGCGGUUUGGACCACUCAGAAUGUGAAUGGCUCCAAUAACAACGUCAUGUUGGGUCGGGUCAAGGGAAUGAACGGUGGGAAAGUAACCAAAUCCGUCUCCUGCCAUCAGAGCUUGUUUCCUUACUUGCUUUACUACUGCCACUCCGUUCCUAAGGUUCGGGUCUACCAAGCGGAUCUUUUGGACCCGGUUUCUAAGGCCAAGAUUAACCAUGGUGUUGCUAUCUGUCACUUGGACACAACUGCUUGGAGCCCCACUCACGGAGCAUUUAUUGCUCUCGGGUCGAGUCCGGGUCGGAUUGAAGUGUGCCACUGGAUAUUUGAGAAUGACAUGACUUGGACCACUGCUGAUUGAUUGAGGAAUGUAGAGUCGGUUCGCGCCAGUGCCUAAUAAAAAACACGGAAGCGCCCUCCAACCCCAUCAAGUCAAUGUUAUUGUCUUCUUCUUUUCUUUCUUUCUAUUUUCAUAGAAAUAAGUGGUUUUAUCUUUGGAAGAAGGCAUUUUCUUGUACUUAUCACUUAAUUAUCUGCCUCUGUUGUGUAAGUGUGCAUGAGUAGAAGUGAAUGAAUCAAGUGUUUAUUAUAUAUA